AUGGCUGGUCUGUAUCUGAGCAUGCUGACUGACAACAGCUGUUCAGAUUGCCUUAGCUCUGAGCACGGCACAAGCUCCUUGCCCUACCCUGCUCGUGGCUGCCAGGACAGGAGUGGCGUUCCCAGAGGCGGUCUCCGCAGGUUGGCUGCAGUGAGGCUGUGGGCAGUGCCAGGCAUGGAGUCCAGGCCCUGGGUCCUGCAGAGCACCCUUGAGACAGAGGUCCCACUGCCCCUGUACAGUGACCAGUACAUAAAGCUGUGGGGGCCACGGCAGGUCCCUCUGCUGAAGCAGGCUGUGCGCUGGAAGACCACCCCCAUGGGCUGGGAUGCCAGGGGGCAGAGCUGGUCCACAGGGAUGAGCAGCAGGGACGAGCAGGCCGAGCAGCCCUGGUACACCCUCACCUCCUGCAGUGCCCGCAGCUGCUGGCAGGGGGCCCAGGCUUAUGCCCAGCACCUGAAGGAGGUGGCCUGGUGGGACCCAAUUGUCCCUGCUGUGUAUCUGGGACCCUGCACCCGCUGGGGAUCCAUCCUCUGGCAAGAGAAACCUAUCCUGGGGAAGGAGUACGUUGCCACCCGCAGCCAGAGCCUCCAGGCACGGGGAGGCAGCUCAGGGUACGUCCCCCUGCUCUCCUGCCACCCCCACCUCUCCACCCAGGACAUCAGCACCUGGAGCCUCCUCCACCACCAGCCCUCCACCCACCAGUAA